AUGCAUGACCGGACUGUUGUCAAUUUUCCAAUAGCACGACGCUAUGGUAAAACAAACGCUAAAGGUUUACACGAAAUUAAAAUUAAUUAUCAUGGCAUUGAGCAAGAACCAAGAGCAAUAGUUGUUUGUGCAUUAGCAGCCAUUACUGAUUUAAAUUAUCAAACGCAGGAAACACAAACACAAUUUAUCAUACAUCCAUGUACAUAUUAUGUUGGAUUUAAAUUGGUAUCAAAUUAUGCCAAGAAAAAUAAACCUGUACAAACAAAGGUCAUUAUAACAGACAUUGAUGGAAAUUUAAUUGAUAAUAUUUUGAUUGAAUGUAAAGUAACUGGAAAUGGUAAUGAAAAGAAAGAAGAUGAGAAUGGUUUGACAGUAUUUGAAGAAGUGAC